UCGGCCUGAGCACUUUAACGGACUUGGGCGAGGUUGUGUGUGGGUUUGUGGGAGUUAAAAAUAAAUAAAUAAAUAAAUAAAUUUAGUGCGCCGCCCGAAAACCAUGUUGAGGAAAGAAAAUCAUAAAAUAUGAGCUUUUUGAUGAGAGGAGGAUUUUAUUACAAGACCGAUGACUGAGACUGAGCCAGGGCCCAGCUUUAGCACACACUUCCUCCCUCUGUAUAGGGGAAUGGAAGUGCGUUUUUAUUUAAAGUAGUUAUUAUUAUUAUUAUUAUUAUUAUUAUUAUUAUUCCACUGAUUGGUGGAUUUAAUUUAUCUUGCAUUCAUUUUAAAACAAUAAGAGUCGGGGGUUUCUAGUCAUGUUUAUAUAUUUAAAAAAUAUAUAUAUAUAUAUAAAUAAACACUUCAUAUUUGUAUAUUAAUAUUUUGUUGCACCUUAUGUUAUUACCGUUAUUUCUAUAUUUUACAUGUAUAUUUGUACGCACUGCAUGAGCGUAUUCAUGUAUAAUUAGCUGUCUUAGCAUUGUUAGCAAAUUGUACUAGAUAGAGCAAAGCUAGCUUGCUAGCUGGGGAACUACUUUUCUUUAACGGCUUGGUUUGUUUUUGUUAUAAUUUGUACUUUUAAGGGAAAAAUAAACCGUCUGGGUAGAUACAUUAUUAUAUUUUGUGCUGUGUGUGUGUGUGUGUGUGAAGCUGUAAAAGUCAAUAUUUGAGUUUUGUGUGUAGUAUUAGUGAGCUAGCGGAGCUGUGGGCCCGGCUUGUUUAUAGUGCGGUGUAAUGGCUGCGUUUUGAUUUAUUACUUCAUGUGCAUUUUGCUACACGGAACAAAUUUAAAAGCGUUUGUGUUAAAAAGUUGAACUUUAAUGCUCUUGAAUUUUACGCCAAAAAAAAGCCAAAUUAAAGUUUAGACCUGAUUUGUUUUUGCGGUAAAAAGCUAGCGCUGCUAAUUUCCCCGUUCUCCUUCCGUCAGCGCCUCGUUCGGUGUGUUUUGGUGUUUUAAACGAUAAACUUUUAAAGUAAUGCGUGCAGAUUUGCUCGAAACGGUUUUAAACUGUAUGCAGACCAUACAAGCAAUCCCCAGUGUAUUUACCGUUAAAAACAUGACUGCAGGUGAUAACUGUAAAACUACUUCUCAUGAGAGAGAACGCGUACAUGAAAGACACUACACAAAGUUGUGGAAGAAUGAAGAGCAUGGCUGUGUUUGUGUGGUUGCAAACUUGAUGUAAAACUUUAUACUGCCUUCUGUUAUAAAGAUUUUAGCAUUUUACCUUCUCGAGUAGUUAAACGGGUGUUUCUUUCUUGGCAAUGAUCAUGGAUCAUGAAAUCGGCCAAAAUCUAUUCAAGUUCACAAUUCCUGAUGCUGGAUUACUCCUGAUUAGACAUUUCAGUGUUUUCCCUGCUCUAAUACAUUACUGUGACUCAGAAAGGUCUGUUCUGACUCAAAGUUUCUGUUCUGACUCAGAAAGUUUCUGUACUGACUCCAGAAGGGUCUAUACUGACUCCAAGUUUCUGUACUGACUCCAGAAGGGUCUAUACUGACUCCAAGUUUCUGUACUGACUCCAGAAGGGUGUGAACUGACUCCAGAAGGGUGUGUACUGACUCCAGAAGGGUGUGUACUGACUCCAGAAGUCUCUGUACUGACUCCAGAAGUUUCUGUACUGACUCCAGAAGUUUCUGUACUGACUCCAGAAGGGUGUGUACUGACUCAGAAAGUUUCUGUACUGACUCCAGAAGGGUGUGUACUGACUCAGAAAGUUUCUGUGCUGACUCUGAAAGGGUCUGUGCUGACUCUGAAAGGGUCUGUACUGACUCAAGAAGUGUCUGUAAUCAAAACUUUUGCAGCCAGGGACUUUUUUUUUUUAUAUGUACAAUGAAUUCUACUGAGGUCAGAGGUUAAGACCUUAUACUUCUGAUUGGAAGGUCGAGAGUUGAAAUCCCAGCACUGCAAACCUACCACUGCUGGGCCCUUGAGCAAGGCCCUCAACACUCAACUGCUUAGAUAAAUGAGAUAAAUGUAAGGUGUCCUGGUUAAGGGCAAUGUUGGGGAGUAGUUAACUAAAAGUAGGGAUGCUACUAACUUAAUUCCAGUUACACGUGGCCUUAUUUGUUGACGUUCACGUGACUUAAGGAGUCAAAUAAUAAAUCUUACACCUUUUAUAUGUAAUCUUUGCAAACUAAAGAUUAUAAUACAACAUCCAAGAGUUCAAGCUCAAAUUUAAGGACUCCUAUAGAGGUGAACCUGUUUAUGUUAAAUUGAUAAGUAGCCUAAUGUGCACAGUUAUAAAUUCAUAAUAGUUCUGAAUUAUUUUACAAUUGUGUUUAAUUAAUUAUUUAUGCAAAAUUAUACACAGUUAUUCAUAAUAUGAUUCACAAUCAUGACAUACUGAAAUGUUGCCCAUUUAAGUAGCUUCAAUGUAGUUAGCUACUUUUUGUUAGUAACGUGUAGUGUCGCUAACGACUUUUUUAAAAGGCUAGCUUGACUGUAGCUUAACUACUUCAAACUAUGUGUAGCUUGAAAAGCUACAGUUUCAAAGUAGCUUCCUCAACACUGAGUAAGUGCAUCUGCCAAAUGCUAUAAAUGUAAAUGUAGUGUUGGCCAGGUUGCCCAGCUCCAGGGUUACUGUCUCUAUGGAGUUUUGCAUGUUCUUCCCAUGUUAGUAUGGUUUUCCUUCAGGGUCCCUGGUGUCCUCCCACUGUCCAAAAACAAGCCAGUAGGUGGAUUGUCAACUGUAAAUUGCCCCUGUGUGUGUGUGUGUGUGUGUGUGUGUGUGUGUGUGUGUGUGUGUGUGUGUGUGUGUGUGUGUGGGACUGGCAUCCCAUCAAGGGUGUCCUUCCACCUCAUGCCUGGUAAUCCUGGAUCGGGCCUUGGAUCCGGCACGACCCAGAUCAGGAUGGAGUGGUUGCUUAAGUGUGUUUAAGAAUGAAUUGUUAUUUAAAUGUGUAUACACUACACCAAUACACUAUAUGGCCAAAAGUUUGUGGACACCUGACCAUCACGCCAAUACAUGCAUUCUUUUGUACAUCCCAUUCCAGAUGUAUGCCCCAUUUUGCUAUUAUAAUAAUCUCCACUAGGAAGGCUCAUUUAGCUCCAAGAGCAUUAGUAAGUCAAGCACUGAUGUCAGGUGAGAAGGUGUUCAGUGGGGUUGAGGUCAGGGCUCUGUGCAGGACACUCGAGGUCUUCUACUCCAAACUUUGCACACCAUGUCUUCAUGGAGCUCGCUUUGUGCACGAGGGCAUCGUCAUGCUGGAACAGGUUUGGGCCUCUUAGUUCCAGUGAAGAGAAAUUGUAAUGCCACAGCAUACGAAGACAUUCUUUACAGACUGCCCAUAUAAUGCAUCAGUGUUGGCAGUGGCUUCAGUGAACAUGAUGGCAGGCCAGCCUGUGUCAGUGCACAAGUACGAGGAGGGAGUUCAAGAGGAGGUCCAGCAGACAGACGGUGAUCCAGAGAAGAGUUUUUCAGACACAGGAAUGGGGAGAAUCUGCAACAAUGCUCUUGCUGAAUCCACUCGCAUGGAAACAGAUAAAGCUUCCAUAUACAGGCAUCCGCUCUUUCCUCUCCUAGCCCUUCUGUUUGAGAAGUGUGAGCAGUCUACUCAGAGCUCAGAGUGCAUCACGUCAGAGAGCUUUGAUAUCGAUAUCCAGAAUUUUGUACUCAGCCAAGAGAAAGAGACCAAGGCUUUCUUCAGCGAAGACUCUGAGCUAGAUAGCCUGAUGGUGAAGGCCAUUCAGGUUCUCCGGAUUCACCUGUUGGAGUUGGAGAAGGUCAACGACCUGUGUAAAGACUUCUGUAGCCGCUACAUCUCCUGCCUCAUGAGCAAGAUGAACAGCGAGACACUGCUGAGUGGAGAAACAGACGAUCCCUACUCUCACCUGCACACCCAGGGUAUCCAUGGCACUGUGGUUCCUGCUUCACCUAUGCAACAAGGCAACAUAUCAGCAGUCAGUCAGUCACAAAUGCUUUCAGGUGGUGCAAUGUAUCAGCCAGUCACAGUAGUCACACCCCAAGGCCAUGUCAUGGCUCAGACCAUCUCACCGAGCAAGAUCCACAUUCAGAACUCCCAGCAUUUACAGCUGCAGAUGAAUCAGGAUUUCGGUUUCUUCACCAGCGAAGAUAGUUCGUCUAAAAAUAAGCGCGGCGUUCUCCCCAAACAGGCCACCAACGUCAUGCGCUCAUGGCUCUUCCAGCACAUCGCGCACCCUUAUCCUACUGAAGAUGAGAAGAAACAGAUUGCUCAUCAAACCAAUCUCACUUUGCUACAGGUCAACAACUGGUUCAUUAAUGCACGGAGGCGGAUCCUGCAGCCAAUGCUAGACGCCAGCGCCACAGAGAUGCCCAAAACCAAGAAAAAGACCCCACAGGCCCGCCCUCUACAGCGCUUCUGGCCCGAUUCAAUCGCUUCCUCUGUGUCCCAGCAACAAUUCACCAUGGAAGAAGUUAAUAUAGUUACGGUUGGGAUGAGCAUGGAUGGCUACCAAACUCUCUCCUCAGACGGAGCUACACUCGCCAUGCAGCAAGUCAUGAUGGGUAAUCACAGCGAGGAUGAAACAGACGACAGCGAGGAUGAGGGCGACACACACUUGUCCUCAGCUAGCAUGACUGAUCUGGGCCUCAAUGCCAGUAACUGACUGUCUCACACUAAUAUACACACACACACACACACAAAAGACUUGACAUGACGCUAACUUUGGCAACUUUGGAUACUCGUGCACUACAAGAGGAUCUCCCCUUAAUGUACACACACGGUUGUUGUAGAGCAUUAUAUUACAUACAGGUGUGCUAAUUUAUGAGAUGUUUUUAUUGCGUAGAUGUCUAGGUAAGUGCACUUUUUUUUUUUUUUUUUUUUUUUUUGGAUAAACUCCAAAACAGCAGACAAAAAUAAGAAACCGAAAAAUGUUUGAAUGUCCCCCAAGUUUUUGAAACUCUUGUUAUUUAGAAUUUGUUACACACUUUGCAUUUCUAUGAUAACACAUCUGGAUGCCAAAAUGUUGCGAGUUUGUGCUUAUGAUGGUGUGAUUGUGUUUUGUUUUGUUUUUCCCACUGCAUGCUGGUGUUUCUCUGCUGUCCUCAUUCUCUCUCACAACCAUGUCACGAGAGUAAAAAUGAGAGAUGCUUAUUUUUAUAUAUUAAGAACAAAAUGUUUAUUUCUUUUUUUUUUCUUGUUUUGUUUUACAUUUUAUAAGGAAUAUUUAUGUACAAAAAAAAAACAAACGAAAAAAAAAAACCCCAUGCUAGUUAGCCGCCCAGUUUUCAGGGCUUUGUAACAUUUUAUAAGAAAACAAACAAAAAAAAUAAUUUACAGAAUUUAAAAGUUUUGCAUACGUACGUUAGCUACAAAACUAUGCCUUACAUUGUUCUUUUGUAAAAAAUUAACCGAAGCACAUACGUUGUUGAGUAACUGAUGAGUGGCUCUAUCUGUUUCAGCUGGGUUAGCUGUAAACAUGGGAAUUUACGUUCUACUCAGUAAAAGUAGUUAGUAUCAAGCCUCAAGAUAUAUUUAGAUGUGUGGUUUUCAAUUUCACUGCACUUUAAAAAAAAAAAAAAAAAAAUAGAAAAAGAAAAAAGUUCCCUGUAUAAACUAAUUGGCUAAUUAAUAAAUCUUCAACAUGAUGAGUGAUCAAGAAAUAUACAGGACCCACAGUCCACUGCACCGACGCAGAGAGCCGCUGAUCUAGAUCUCAUGGGUUUACAGAUGAAAUUAAUGAAACUGUCUCAAAAUGUUACUUCUAAGCAUUAAAAUCAUUGGUGUGUUCAACAGAUCUGUGCUGCUUGCUUUUUAAUCGUUAAACCCCUUUUGUGUGACAGCAUACACCAUUUAAGAAAAAAAUCAGCGUGGAAAGAGGGAAUGUACGAUCGUGAACCGUUUUCAGUUCAAUUAAGUUAUUAUUUAUACACUGCUUUUAUUAAUGGACAUUGUCACAAAGCAGCUUUUAAGAAAUCCGGAUAUAAAAUUAGCAUUUUAAUUUAAGUUCAUCUCUAAUGAGCAAGCCUGGGGCCGCAGUGGCAAAGAGAAACUCCCUGAGGCACCUUGGGAGGAAUUUAGAGUGAAUACAUUGUAUUAAUGGCUAAAAUAUAAAUGAAUUAUUUGAGAAUAAAUACAGUUGAGGUCUUGCAGAAUCUGCAAAAUGUAAAUCAUUUAAAAAUAAUAAGAGUGAUCAUAAAAAGUGCAUUGAAUAAGCUAUUUCACAUAACAGAUAUUUACAUAAAGUCCACCGGAC